ACGCCCCAAAAAUUGGGCCCCACUAGUGCUCUGUGCUCCAGCAUAUUGAUAUUAAUCCCCUGAAGGCGGCAGAGCGCCAAGGCUACGCCUCUCUCUCUUUAUACCAUCAUACCUUGCACGACUAGUCACUAACUAACAUUCAUAAAGCCUAUCCGUAAUGUCUUCAGUAAUCACAUAUGAAGCUGCGCUGUUAUUCUGGCGCAUUGUCACACAGAUAUUCUUCAGAGAGAUACGACCUCGGGGUGCCUUUAACAUUCCUCGCACGGGCCCCGUCAUUUUUGUCGGUGCUCCUCAUUCCAAUCAAUUCCUUGAUCCUCUCCUUCUCACCUUAGAGGUUUACCGCGAGACCCACCGUCACGUCCAGUUUUUAACUGCUGCUAAGAGUUUGCAGCGGAAAGCGGUAGGGUUUUUCGCUCGCCUCAUGGAUAGCAUCCCUGUUUCUCGAGCUUCAGACGAGGCCAAAUCGGGAACUGGCUUAGUAUACCUAUCUCCGGAUGAUCCUUGUCUAGUCCUCGGGGAGGGCACCAUGUUCAAAACUGAGUUUUCCCCAAGAAUGCAAAUCAUGCUUCCAAAGUCAGUCAACUCAGCCGUCGCUGAGGUCGUCGAAGUCAUUUCAGAUACGGAGUUGCGCAUCAAGAAAGAAUUUGGAGGGGACAGUGGCAAAGGAACGACUCGCAUCCGGGAAACAAUUGCCGAAGGCCGAAAAAACGGGAAUACAGGCUUAGCGUUCAAGGUUUUGCCAUUUAUUGACCAGCAAGAAAUGUAUCGUGGCGUAUAUCAGAAAUUGAAGGAGGGAGGGUGCAUUGGCAUAUUCCCCGAAGGUGGAAGCCACGACAGAACGGAUCUACUCCCUCUCAAAGCUGGUGUCUCCAUCAUGGCGUUAGGUGCCAUGGCCAACGAUCCAACUGUGCAAGUCAAGAUUGUACCUGUCGGUCUAUCAUAUUUCCAUGCCCAUCGCUUCCGCUCUCGUGCUGUUGUAGAAUUCGGAACUGCUCUCGAUGUGCCUGCUGAGCUAGUCGAGAUGUUCAAAGAAGGUGGUAACAAAAAGCGUGAAGCCGUCGCGAAGUUCUUGAAUCUUAUCUAUGACGGGCUGAAGACAGUGACGAUUCGUGCCCCAGAUUAUGACACGCUUAUGCUUAUUCAAGCCGUCCGCCGAUUAUACAAGACACCGGGGCAAUAUCUUACCUUGGGACAAGUCGUCGAACUGAAUAGGCGCUUCUUGGAAGGCUACACGCACUUCAAAGAUGAGCCCCGGGUACAGAAACUUCGGACAGACGUUUUGAAGUAUAAUCGCUUGAUUCGUGAUCUGGGAAUUCGUGAUCACCAAGUCCCACGAGCACAGAAGGCGAGCUGGAAAACGCUCGGCUUACUCGUCUAUCGCCUCGUGCUCCUGAUGAUCUGGACGUCAUUGGCUUUGCCAGGAGUCAUACUUAAUGGGCCUAUGUUUAUCUUGGCAUCAAUUAUUUCACGUCAAAAAGCUAAAGAGGCACUGGCUGCAUCAGUAGUCAAAGUGGCCGGUCGCGAUGUGCUCGCAACGUGGAAGAUUCUCAUUUCGCUUGGUAUCGCUCCAGUCAUGUAUGCUUUCUAUGCCAUAGUUGCGACAAUAGUCGCCGUGAAAGCCAACGCUUCUCUAACCGCGAGGAUAUGGACACCCUUCCUGGUGAUCUUGGCUUUGCCGUUCAUGAAUUACGCCACCCUCAAGUUUGGUGAGGCUGGUAUGGACGUACUAAAAUCUUUGCGGCCCUUGAUAGUGGCGUUGAUCCCCGGUCAACAGCGGUCCUUUGACAAAGCGAAGGCCAUGAGAGUUCGACUUUCUAAUGAAGUUGCCGAGGUUAUCAAUGAGUUUGGCCCAAAGAUUUACGAUGAUUUCGAUCAGUUCCGCAUUUUGGUCCCUGCGAGCGCACCUCCUUCGACGGGCAAUCCCGGGAUUUGGCGGAGAAAGAGCAGCGUGGGGCAAGUCGAUGCUCAAGGAAAUUUGCUGAUUCAUCCUAUGACAUGGAUCGAUGAACGGCUCUUCGGAUGGAGCCGUAGCGCUAAAUGUGGAACAAGCGCAUGGGGGGGAAGCACGCCAACUCAGGACAGCAGCAGACCGGCGACGCCUGACCUCUCCGAUGACGAAGACCAUGGAGAUUAUGAUCAUGCCGUCAGCUAUAUAUCCGCGUAUGAGGAUGCUUCGAGGCACAAGGUUCGGCAGGGAUCAUACGCAGAUCUCCAGCGACUUCGAAUGACCGCUACUACUCAGCCAAGCGCUUCUUCGAGCUCGAGCGGUGUCCGCCUUGACGACUCCCAGUCUCUGCACAUGCGACAGGGCUCACGGCAGCGAAAGCACAGCUUAUCUGACCUCAUUCCGGUCGAGCGCAUUGGGUCCGUAGAUCGGCAAGAGACAUUUGAAGAUAUGACUAUGAGCUUGAACAAAGAAGCAGGCAGACAAUCGUAAGGUGCGAUAAUGUGACUAUGGCAGGUAUAGCUGUUCA